UGGUAAUUCUGGUAAUUCUCCUCAUCCUAAUUAGAGGUCGUGCCGUCGUGAGUGGUAGUAUACUCGUCAGUUCUCAAGUGUAAGGUGUUCACAAGUAGAUUCAGUCUGAUUGUUUGGUUGCUUGCGAAGAGAUGAAGUUUGUGUUGGUGCUUGGUUUAGCUUUCUGUUGCAGUGUUGUGGGGGCUAAUGUUUUAAAUGUUAACAAAUCGAAGAGAUGGGUGAGAAACAACGAGCCGUACAAAGUAGAGCCAGGGCUGGAAGUUGGGGAUGAACUAGAGGGCAUGUUUAUAGGGAACCCACACUACUACAUUUCAUUUACUGACGGGGCACAGGGUCGCACCAUCCUCGAAAUCCGGAUUGGACAAGCGAGCACCUCUAUCCAGCACACGUCAGGCUGUGAGGGGUACGGACCUAGUUUUAAAAUAUUCCGAGACGCUGUUACUACUAACGAGUUCCAGAGAAUCACAGUGAAGCUGAAGAAGGACGGCCUGGUUUUCAGUCUGGACGACAGAAACGACCAGGUGCUCAAGCUGAAGGGCUGCAGUUUUCCCUGGCAAAGUGUCAAGUUCAUCGAGUUUGGGGGAGACUGCAAAAAGACCUACGGCAACUGGAGGAAUUUCCUCAUAGAUCGGGAUUAGAUUAUGAUUCCUAUUAGAUCGGGAAUUGUCAUACGUUGUAUGACCCGCCGCACACGAGUGCGCGGCUACCCCUGUAUCGUAGAAACUCUGCAGCCACAGGGGUACACUAUAGUGAAGCGACAGUGGGGGUCACCACGUGAUACAAAUCGGGGACUGGGAGAGCGCUUUAAUUUAGGUGACGUUUUGAACUGAUAACGCAAACCAUUAAAUAUAUAUGGUAUAAUAAACUGGUUAGUAUUUCUAGAAUUCCUUUUGUAGUUUUCUUUUUUAGAUUUAUUACUUUUUGUGGCCUAAUUUCGAUUAGUAAUAUUUUAGAAUAUCUCUUUGACUUUAUUACUAUCAACAGUACUUAUGAAAUAUAUAUAUUUCAUCUAAUUUAUUUUUAAA